AUGGCCGCAGACGACCAGCCAGAUCUCCCUCCAUCUCAAUCAAAGGUAGCGCAUGCCGCUGCCUAUGCCCCGCGACCGCCGCCGGAGAAGCCCGAGAGCGUCGCGAUCCGGAGGCUCGUCAUCCUCUCCUUCUGGGCCAUUGUCAUAUUCUUGGGCUUGCCGCUAUGGUGGAAGACGACGACUGUCUAUCGCGCCGACCUGCCUUUACAGGACAUGUUGGACUGGGCUGACGGCAAGGUUACCUGUCGACCUGUCUUCCCGUUGCGCAUAGCCAUUGAAGCCCCCUCCCUACCGUCAUCGGACGCCCAGAACCUUUUGCGCACCACCCAACAUGCACUUGACGACCUCAACGACUUCUCCGCUCACCACCUCCGUCUGCUUCUCGCAAAGUCCUCGGAAACACCCAAUGCUACCCAGGAAGUGGCCGAGCCUGCGCUAUACAGCGAUGGAGCGUCGUUACUUGCAUCAAGUAAAUCGGACAUUGCCUUGACAAUCAACCUGAUUCAGGGACAAACUGGCUUUACACCGGCGGCUCAGCUCCAGAAGUAUGCGCCGACCCUUGAUGUCUAUUACGCGCCAAACCAGAUCCCUUCGCCUUCCGCCACAUCUUCUCCGCUUGCUACAUUCAUCGCCAAGGAACUGCAGAACAUAUUUUCCGAGGAGCAGGCAGCGUUGGCAUACCUUUUGUCGAGCAGUGGAGUGGGCCAGCCAAUGCGCACCAAGUCCCUGUCGGCAGAGUCGGCCGCGAGUCUAGAGCGCCAGAAGACGCGCUCAUUCAGGUAUGCGCCUACGUACCACCUGACUUUCUCUCUAUUCACGCCUGGCGCUGCGCCCUCGGCUUGGGAGAUUGAGGCUGCGCUGGAGGAGUUUAUUGCGCCUCUGCUGCAUUCCUUGUCGGUUAUCAGCAACUUUACCAUCGACACGCAGGUGCAGCUGUAUGCUACGUUCGCUCCAUCGAUCCGCGACCCAGAAUUCGAUGCCGAGAAAAAUGCAUGGACCUUGCGGAAGGAAGACCUGAGUGGAUUCAUCAACGCUGCGGAGUGGCCGCUGAGCCCGAGUAUUGGCAUUGGUCCAACGGUCAAUUUUGUUCUCUACGUUCCGUCUGAGAACCAGAGUCCUCUUGUGAUCAAGGAAAAUGGUGGCAACAGCUGGUUGGUACCGCAAUGGGGCGGUGUCCAAGUGCUCAACCCGCCGGGUCCGCAAAACCCAGUCUUUCUGAGCAAAGAGGCGCUCCGGCCGGCAAUGCUCACCUUCUCCAACCAGCUGCUUUCGCUGCUUGGAGUGCCUCGGUCACCGGAAUCACUGCCUAUUCGUAUAGGUACUCUCUCCCGGAUCAGAGCUGCAUCGCUUCUUUUCUCCGCAUCGUCAACUUUGGGUUCGCUGGGUCGUCUUACUCAAGCUCUACCUUCAAUUGCCAUCCCAGACAACGUUGCCAUCUCUGUGAAAGAGACGAUUGCGCAUCUGCAAGCUGCAUGCGACGACCUGAGGGAAGGCCGGUUUCAAGGUGCUCUCGAACAUGCACGCACUGCCGAAACCGGGGCCGAAAAGGCAUUCUUCGAACGCUCGAUGGUCGGGCAAGUUUACUUCCCCGAGGAGCACAAGGUCGCCGUUUAUCUGCCGCUCCUGGGCCCUGUCGCCGUUCCGUUGAUCAUGGCGGCCUUGAAGGAGAUUAAGAAUUUUACCGCAAAACGCAAAGCGAGGUCCUAA